AUGAUGCCGUUCUCCAUCCCAGCAUCAAACUUAGGGGGCUCCAGUAAUGUCGUCGAAGAUGUGGGAGGCCCCGUGCCAGGGCCCAGAAGGGGAAGACCUGUGGAAACAUCAGCAACCGGAUCCGUCAGUCAUCGUCGGCGCAUGCAAAAUCGUAUGGCCCAGCGUGCAUAUCGACAGCGCAAGGAGUCUGCCAUUGACAUCCUCAAGAAGAAAGUCGAAGAGCUAGAGAAAGCCAAGGAAGAUAUUGGAAAUGAGUUCCUUAAUUUUACAGCAGUUAUUCUUGAGAAAGAUAGUGUCAGGAACAGCCCUGAAAUUGUUGAGCACAUCAAAAAGUCUACCAUCAACAUUCUCACCAGUACCCAAGAGACCAGCGAAACGGAAGACCAAGACAUGGACCAAUUUUUGUCCAUGAAUGAAGUGCCAACUGGUGACUCAACUGCCUGUACAUUCAGCACAGAUCAAGUAAAUUCACUUGGCUUCCCAAUGGCCGACCAUGUACCGGAACUCGAAUUCGAUAACCUGUUCGCCCAAAACACCAAUACAGAAGCCACUAUGUCAUCCUCGAGUUGCAACGUCUCAACGCCAUCAGCGCUUGAUCAAAGCUCUUACUUCCAGCUUCCCAUCAAUCAGACGCCAGAAUAUGCCAUGUAUCAACUCCCUGGAGCCACCUACGAUACCUCACUAUGCUGUACCCGAUCAUACAGUUCACAAGAAGCCACGUUCGGAAGGCGUUAUCACAGGGCGUCUCAAGAAGCUGCCUUCCUUCUCGCCUCCAUGAAGCACUCACCACCUACUUGGUACAAGAAGGUUUUUGGGUUUUGUUUGCACUUUGAGACAAGAGAGGAGAUCACUCAACGACUGGGUGAUUCUGUGCGCAAAUCUCGCGAAGAGACCUUGAAUAACUGGAGAUUUCCUUUCACAAACGUCGGUGGUGCUGGACUUUUCUAUCCCAAUCAAGGCUAUGGCAACAAUGACUUGCCCGUUGGAAACCGAUCUCUCCAAAGCGAGUCUUACAGACCAUCGGAGAUGUCAGGAUUUUCCAUGGGUCCAUUCGGACCGUCUAUUGAACAAGUCCGAGAUACUCGCCUCAGCUCGCAAUUACGCAUCAUCGAUCCCAAUUAUGAAGGCGACUUCUUUGAUGCGGAUGAGAUUGAGAUUUGUUUGAGAGGCUAUGGUGUUACGAUACCUCCUUGUAAAGACUAUGUGACGGCUUAUAUCGACAUGGGUAUGUUCGAGCGAGCAGAAGCUCGGGAGACAGCCGAAUCUCAAGUGGACGAUCCAGUUACGCCACCUGAUGUUUCAGUCAAUUCAGGACACCUGUUCGAAGAUGUUUCAACUUCACAGGAUACGGAAACUGCAUCUUUGAACUGCCCUGUUGGUUUGAUGGGUUUGGCGAUGGGAGCGAUGCCUGCACAGCCAAAACCACAACCACAAAGCCAAUGGAAGACACCUACAAAAAUGGAAACAAAGGUAAUGGUCGAUGUAGGAAAGCUGAUCACAUGUUUAUGCAAUUCGACUGUUUGUUUAGGGCGGACUCCCGCUGUACGGCCAAGAGACAUUAGAAUGGCACUGAAGAUGUCUCUCAUCGGUGAUGAUUAA